UCAGGGCGGGGUAAUGUGCGGGUGUGUGUGUGUGUGUUCAUGCGUACAUGCCAUCAUAUGUGGCGUGGUCUAGCAAAGAGGUGGAGACAAAGGCAGGAUGUGAUACAGCACUUCCUCAUUCAUCUCUGCUGGAUCCUUGGCAGUGCAGAGAGCGCCACCUCUUGGCGAGCUGUCGCCACGACGGCGGCGUGCUGGUAAAAUUCCACUCCCUGAGAUAAGGAAAGAACAAGUGCAAACAGGUCAGAGUGAAAUUACUCGAUAAGAUCCAAGGAGCCUCAUGAGUGUUUUUUGGGGGAAUUCCGUUCAUGUGCAGCUUGGAGGAAAAGCUGCAGGAACGUCGCGCUUAACAGCCGAAUCGGUUUGCUUUAGUUUAUCAUACAUACAUGUGAUGCUGAAGAACCCCACCCAUGUCAACUGUAAAGUUUAAGGCCCUCAGGCAACUGAGAAGUUGACAAAAUCCCCUUAAAACCUCUAAGAUGUAACGACGCACUUUCCCGGCCUCUGCGUGCGCACUCUGGUCUGGAAAUUUAAACAUUAACGCUGCUAAAAGCUUCCUGGAAGCUCUGACUUCCAUUUGGAUCUCUGAGGGCUGCUGGGUGAAGACUUGAGAGGCCUGGAGCGAUUAACCAGAGACGCUGGACUGGUUUUCCCUCAGGGCCCUCCGCUGGCACUGGAAGGAGCUGCAGGAAUUCUGAAAACCAAUUUUUUAAUCCAAAGUAAACACGAGUGAUGUCGGUCUGUUUAUGUAUUUUUAAUACACAACAUGGCUGCUCCCAUACAGACGUUUUCUGGAAUACGGUUCACAGGACAGGGCAGCAAACCAUGAAGAAAGCCAGCUUCGUCUGUCUACAGACACAAUGGAAACAAAGGAAAUAGUCCACCUUGCUCUGCAGAUAGAGAAGUUAGCUGCAGAGCAAAGCUUUGGGAGCAUCUCAACUCUGCUUGGGGAUCUUGAUAGAUGUGAUAUAUCUCCAGAGCAGCUGGAAAUGACGGACAUAGUCAAAGUGCUUUAUAAACUCCUAAAAACCUGCAGGGAGAGCAGCGUGAGGAAAACAGCGAAGAGUCUGCUGUCGAGGUGGAAGAGACGGUACGGUAGUGAAUGGCGGGGAAACUCAGGAAACUCCCAUGCUGUUCCUUCAGGACAAACAGAGGAUGGGGGGGGUUCCAAAGAUUCAGCACAACUGGGUGGAAAUAAGGAGGAGAGAGCAUCAGGACAGGAAUGUGAGACUCCCACAGGAGAGACAACGUCUCCCUCUUCUGACUCUGUGAGAACCAAAUGUGUUCAGCUCCUGCUUUCUGCCCUCCACCCUGAACCUCCCGAUGGAGACAAGGCAGCAGAGCUGGCGGAAAGCAUUGAGAGGCACAUCCACCGUCUCCACAAAACCAAGCACCUCAAAUACAAAGCCUGCGUGAGGAGCAAGGUGGCCAACCUGAGGAAUCCCAAAAACAGUCAUCUACGCCAGGGCCUCCUGAGCGGCUCCCUGGUGCCAGAGUCCUUCGCCCGGAUGUCUGUGGAGGAGAUGGCCAAUGCUGAGCUACGGCAGCUUCGGGAGGAGUACUCAUCCAGGGCUGUGAGCGAGAGGCAGCUUCCCCAAGGGCUGGAGGGUACGCCGACGCAGAAGGUCCGCUGCAAACGAUGCGGAGGAUCAGACUGCAGGAUGACACAAGUGUCCAGAGGUGCCCUGUUUUUGCCUGCGUGGGUGAGGCGUGGCGGCCCUGACGAGGACGCCAUGACCUUUGUUACCUGCAGUGGGUGUGGCCAGCAGUGGUACCACAACGCCUGGGUGUGCCUCUGAAUCCAAAAGCCACAUUGACUAUCUAGUGAUGAUCUGGUGAGGAAGUUAAUAAAAGCAGUUUUUUUUUCUUUUAACUUCUGCAUAAAGUUUAAACAAGUUUGCCUGCUUGUUUAAAAGUCCAAAAAGUGCUGCUUCAUCUUUGCUAAAGCAGAGUCACUGCUAACCGGAACCAAGUCAGUCAUCACAUUCUUACUGAUUCAUUUCCUGCCUCUUCCAGGCCUAAUAGCCCUUCAGUGGUUUAUAUUCUGAACAGUGGCUGCUAUUGCUAACAGCUUCCUGUCAAGCUUUGUGAAUUAAAAAGCCUCGAGGAAAUGUUCAUACUUUUGAACUUUUCACAUUUUGUCAAAUUCUUCUAUGAAUGGCGCCCAAAGUAAGCCCCUCCUUCUUACACAAAUGAAGCACAAUACACACACACAAACACCCCCACACACACACACA